AUGACAGAAAAGUUGGUAAAAAUAAACAAACAAUUAGCAAAGACACUAAUUAGUACUGGUUUAAGUAUUAAUCUAAUAAGCAUAGAGUAUGUGAAAAAGAAAAGGCUUACCUGGGAACGUUUGAAAAAAGAAUUAACCAUUGGUCCUGUAGAUGUUGAAGUCAUUGAAUAUAUUUCUGGCAUUGAUGUUGUUGUAUAUAGUGUUGGUGUCAUAGGAGAAAAUGAAAGGUGUCGCUAUAUAAUUCGGUCUGGCCUCAAAAAAGCAAUGUUCAUGAUUUCAGAAAAAUUAAAGAAAAAUGAAAUAAUGAUAAGUAAAGUAAAUACAACAAAUUAUAAAGACCUGAAAAGUUAUGGCCACAAAAUUGAUCAUGUCAAUAAAACUAUUAAAAAAG